AUCUCCUGAUAGAUUUCAGUGAUAUAUUGCAGGUAAUUUGUGAUUUAUAUUAAAUCUAACUAAAACAAAAUUAUCAGAUUCAUCUUAAAACACCAUGUUGCACCAACCUCAGGGUGUUCCAACUUGGUUAGGAAAAUCCCUGGUUGGAGCUGGUCAGGUGAUCUGUCUUUGAUUAGCCCUGGGUACACGGUUGCAUGCUAUACCUGAAUAAACCAGGGGCGGAUGACUAAUUCAUUGAAUACCUAAAUAUAUUUUCUAGGUUGAUGUUAUCACUUUAGGAAAAGUCUACUUGAAACUGCAACACGAAUUAUGCAUUAAUUUACCUGUAGUAGGUUAGCCAAUUAAUUUUUUUUUGCAUCGUUGUUUGGGGCUGGGUGUACACACAAAUUAGGAGAUCAGUCAUGAUCUCAUAAUAGACUGGAUAGACCGUAUCAAAAUGAAGGCAAUUUGAGCAAGACAAGUCUAGAAAAUACUUCAGUUCUUAGCAAGGGGAUUUCAAAAUAAGUCUAAUUUCUUUAAAACAUUACUUUAUACAAUAAUGCACUUCUUAAUCCGUAUUUUUUUCAUUGCAUUUAUAACGUUUAAUUUUAAUCAAAAACCAAAAACAGGCUACAAUCGCACAAAUACGGCAAGAUGACGGCGUGAUUUUUGUUAGAAAUUUCUUGGCUUUUUCCUAACCCACAUCGUAUGCCUGCAAUCAUCAAAAUCUUGUCGUUUCAGCGUCUUUUAAUGACACAUCUCUUUUCAAUAAGAAUUGUAUCUAUCCUUAUACUGCAGUAAAUAAUCUUAGUUAAUUAGCAGUUGAUGAAGCAAGAAACUGAACAAAAAGAUGUUAAUACUUGUGUCAAAACUUAUCCCAUAUUUGUACCAUCUUUCAGCCGGCUAGUUUCUCACCACCACCUCUUCCUUUGAAAGCUUUAUGUUUAGUUUUUAGUUUUUUUUAAAACCUGUUUAGUUUUGUCAUGACUUUAACCAUCUCAAUCUUUCUCAGAUCCUUGUCUGUAUAUCCACCGUUUCUGUCACCAGUUUCAAUUGGCUGAGAAGGAAAAUGACGUCGCAAAUACUGCCUUGCGAUUGGUCAGUCGUAUGAAACGUGACUGGAUCCAAUAUGGCCGCCGUCCAUCUGGAUUGUGCGGAGCUGCCAUACUUGUUGCCGCAAGACUGCAUGGAUUUAGUCGAACUAUUAAAGAGGUUAUUAUUAGUAUUGUUUGAAAAAAGAUAGCAUUUUUACACCGAUUAUGUCAAAGGUCCAUCUUCCAAAGCUUCAUACGCACUACAAUUUACCAUUAUUCUGGGUGUCACAAAAAUGAAAUAGCUGCGUUGCAGAUUUUUAUUCACGCAGGGUUCGUAGUGAUCUUUGAAAUCCUUGAAAGUCUUUAAAUUUGAAUGCAGGUCUUUAAGUUCUUUGAAAAGUCUUUGAAUUGUGUGAAAAAGCGAAGAAAGUCUUUAAAAGUCUUUAAAAGUCUUUAAAUUCUUUAGUGAGUAUUUGAUUAUACGAUUUCCUAGCUAAUAAAAUAGAUUGAUUGAAGCAAAAUUUUCGCAAAUAUCGACGAAAAGGCGCAUUUUAGGAUGUGAUUUGACUGGACUAAUUACUGUGUAAAAAUGGUGCUUAUAUACACUCACAAUUUUUCGACAGCUGAUUGCUCUCAAAGGUCUUUGAAAAGUCUUUGAAAAUAGGCAGAAAAAAUCUUUGAAAGUCUUUGAAUUGUUUUGGUCUUGGAGACUACGAACCCUGUUGACACGGCUAAUUAUUAGUAGGUAUCGAAAAUUAGUAUUGUUUUAGCUGUUUCAUGUACUGUAAGUACUAUUUAAAACACGAGCAGGAAUUCUUUAUCAGACAUAAAGUCAUAAACACGAGCCAAGUGUUUUAUAUCUGAUAAAGCACGCACUGCGAGUGUUUUAAAUGGCUUAAAAACGACCCAUCUGAUGAGUUAACUUUCAAAAGGACUAGGGAGAGUUUCGAGGAGCGGGAAGUUCAGUCAAAAGUUUGUUUUUGAGCGAAAAUUAUCAAAAGGCUUCAACUUUAAAGAUCCAAACCUGGUUUUCUGGAUAGUUAGUAUUUUACAUCCACUAUCUGCAAAAACUUCCGGUGUAACAGUUUCCUAUUCAAAAUAUUACACAAGUUUGAACGUGCUGAAAGUUUUAAGAUGUCUUUUAGGCGGCGUAUUUUCCACUCUAUACCUACAGUACAUAGCGGCCAUCAUGACUGGCUUCAAAGAUGGCGGCCAAGUUAUCGUUCCAGUUCCCUUAGAGUCCACUACUAUUGACUUACUUCUAGUCAGUGUUAUUAAAUAAUGGUGUACUCAGUCUAAAAUGAUUUCUAUAUAGGUUAUAAAAGUCGUUCGCUUAAGUAACACAACGAUAAGAAAAAGACUGAAUGAUUUUAAGAAGACGCCGUCGGGACAGCUUACCGUAGAUGAGUUUAAUACGAUAGAUUUGGAAGAGGAACAAGACCCGCCAUGUUUCACCGAAGCACGACAGAAACAGAAACAACAACAGAUAGACGAGAUUGAAGGUAACCAUGUGCCUCUUACCCAACCGCUUUGGUUUCCUACGCCGUUGCGUGGGUAGCGCGCGUCAAAUGCAUCCACGCGGCCCACGCAAAGGUCACGCGAGCCAUAGCAGCAACAUAGGUUUUCACUUCUUUCCAUCUACUAAACUGACGUUACGACAUUUGAUCAAUUUCUAAAGUUGUUUCUUUUUGGAUUUUUUUAUUAAUUUGGUUAGGGUUAGAGUUCGGGUUGCUGUUAGUGGUAGGGGUUAGAGUAGGGUUUGGGUUAGUUACAUAACUAUUUAACUCCUUUUCUAUCUUGCGAAAAUGACGUCAGGUCAGGAAACAAAACAAGUGCUGACCGCAACAUGGCGCCUGGAUACGAGGCAUGGUACUAUAACUACCGUCUUAUCUAAGCUGCAAAAAUGCUGCAUGAUUAUUCAGAGUCUCAACUGCGGAGCCCAGUGAUGCAUUCUGCAGCGGGAUGGAUUGCAAUUGAAUCAUAUAACAUGUAUAGCUACGACUGGAUAAAUUAAAUAUGCACAUGUCAAAGUAUUGAACUGUUCAAUCGUUAUUUGUGUUUUCAGGGCUGCAAAUUACUGUCGGACAUCGGACAAUGUCUGACUAAAUUUGGCAAAUGUCCGAGCAAAAGUGAUUUUGAUCGGACAUUGAUGCGAUCACAAAAUAAAUUGUUACAUUAUACAUUUUUUUGCUGUGACAAAAUUCGAUUGCAAAUUCACUCAAUUUGCAUUUUGCAAUAAAAUUUACGAGGCGUUCUAGCAUUUAAUUUUACGUUGCGCCAGAAUGGCAUACAUACUUGUCUCGUGACUUAUAUAUAUUUUGUCACGUAUAUAUGUCCGACCAAAUUUAGUGAUGUUGGUUUUUGUCCGACCAAAUUCAGGUUAUGUCCGACCAGAAUUAAAAGUGAUCGAACAAAUGUCAAUUAUAUAUUUGCAGCCCUGUGUUUUUCACAUAUGUAGCCACAAUAGAACCGUCAUUAUAUAGUUCCUAAAACGUAUUCCAAAUUCAAACAGUUGUAUCUCGCUCAAUAUUGCAUGUAAAUUCAAGUGUUGUAUAUCAAAAUCUAAGUUAGUCCUUUCUGAAUCCAAUGAUCUUUAUUUCAUUGCGAUAGCUUUUACGUUACAUGAAAUCAGUGUCCAGUUUUUGGGACACCCAGUAGUUCAACAGAAAUUUAUCCCAACGAUGAGAUGCCCAGUCGAGACUCCGAAUGCCAUUAUUAAGAACAGCGGCGUUCAAUCUUAAACUACUGUAUUUAUUAUUCAUCUAAGGAAUGGACAAACCAGCUUUGGCUAACGAGUUAGAAGACCUACGACGUGAAAUUGAGGCAAGAUUGGAUAAAACUAAAUCACAAAGCAACUUUAGGAAUUCACUCAACUCCGAGGACAUCGACACAGAUGCUCUUAGUGAGUGUUCUUUCAGUCUGACCAAUGAAAAUGACGAGACGUUAGACCCGAUUAGUGAUAUUAGUUCUUCUAUAUUGGGCGGGUCUACUGAGAAGGAUACUUGUGAUCCCGAUGGAGUAAAUGGGGAUAACUUAAAUGGGGAUAACUUAAAUGGUGACAAGGAAAAUGAAGAAAUUUUAAAAGGAAAAGAAGUAGAUGGUGAAGUGGAUGACCAGGUUAUUGAGAAUGACGAGGAUGAGAAUAUUGAAAAGGGUAUGGAACUUAUACAAAGCUAAAUUUUCCCCGACUUGUAAAAGUUUGUGAAAAUCUGUACAUUGUACUAUGAAAGCAACGGCAGCAAUGGCAGCAGGAUAGCGUAAUACACUCUUUCGAUAAGUGCGUCAUGGAUACGUUCUUGGCAUGGGAGCCUCGCUGUCAUCAAUCAAGAUUCCAAGUUUUGCUCAAUUAUUCAUGCCUGUAUAUGUAUUUAGUUUUUUGCAGGUAGCCAAAAAGAAUUUACGGUUCGCCCAAAUUUGCCCGCUUCGCUUGAUUGAAGCUGGCAAAUUACAACAGGGAACCAGGCACCGAAGACAUUUUUUUUAGUUAUGUUUCAUAUCGUCAAAAUUGAGUGUCCGCUAAUUUGCUCAAACCCAAUUGCUCGAAAAUUUUCACAUAUCAAGCCGACAAGAUUGUCCGCUGAUGAAUAAAAUUCGGCCACAGAACAGGAACUUUUAAGUUUUUGCUGGCAUCAUUUGAUGAACUUACGUCUUGAGUACGACUCUUAUUAAAUCUUGUCGGUAAAUAUUGCAAAAUGUAUUCGGAAAAAUUGAAAUUUUCUACUUCACUUAAGCAUGUAUAAGACCUUCUGACCUAGGGUUGCAGUUAGCUUCAGGCACUUGCAGGUAGCGCGGCUACCUAGGAUCCCAACAUCUGACAGGCAUGCAAUUAGUUCUGUCUUCUUUCCAGAUGCUGGAGACGAAGACAAAAAGGAGGAAAGAUUGGAUGAUUUAGAUGAAGAUGAACUUGAUAAUGUUAGUUUUGCUUGCAUUUCAUAUUAUAUUUUGAUAUUUUGUACAGUAUCUUAAAAGUCAAAUGAACAUUGCAGAAAGGCCUUACAUAAACUUAGUUUCUUUAGUUUAUUUUAACUGAACCUGAAGUUGAAGUGAAAACGAAAAUUUGGAUGGAAGAAAACAAAGAUUAUCUAGAAAAACAAAAAGGUUAGAAAUUUUCUUAUGAGGAACGAAUUAUGUGUCAGUACUAGCCUCCUCUGCAGCAUUUCACCCGGGGAAUCGGAUGGUCGGAAAAAAAUUCAGAAUUUUAAAUCUUCGAAGACCCAAUCGCAGGCUAAAACCCAUAGAGAUGCCUGCGAAGGAGGCUAGUCAGUCACGGCCAAUGCUGUCUAAAGUCACCUCUGCUUAUUUUUCAAUUUAGAAAAGGAAGAGCGAGAAGCGGAAGAAAGAGAAAAGGAAGAAGCGGACCCAACUAAAAAGGUUGAAAUUUUUACGCUUCAUACAUACAAUUCUCAUUUCAUUUGAUUCAAUUGAAUAUAAAGAAUACCUAGAGCCUAUUCAUGUGAGCCCAGCUGACCGGGAAACUCAGCUGAGUGUAAUCCAAAUGUCCUUAUCACUUAUCAAGUGUGUUAUCACUUACUACCAGGCCUCGAAAUAAAUCUAGAAGGUAUACCGGUCAUCAUGACCGGUGCAUUAUUAAAUUUGCCGGUCAAAGUGGAUGUUUUGCCAGUCAUCUUUUGAUUUUCCUAUAUAUUUGAACCUAUUUUAAGUGAACUUGGGCAGUUAUGAUAAAUCAUUACAGAUAAUCUGAAUAAUUAUCCUGAAUUCUGAAUAAAAUGCCUGUUUUAUUGGCAAGGAUUACGAGAAAAGAUUUACAAACAGACGAAACAAAGAAAAAAGUGUGUAUUAUUAUUACGGUAAUUAUUGUACAAAAUACAAACAGCAAAAUUCGCUUGUGAACGCAUUUUUAAGCCGGUUAAGCGAAAUUUGUCGUGCGAAUCUUUUGUAUUAUAAGCUUUUUUUAACAAAGUUGUUUCAAUUUUAACAAUAAAAAAUUUGCCCGUCAUGCAUGUCCGGUAAGAGACAGAAAAUGAAAAACUUACCGGACAAUGUCCGGUGACCGGCACUUAUUUCGAGGCCUGCAGUUACUACCAUGAGUGAGUGAGCAAGUCACAACUACAGUGAUAAGAAGUCGCCAUACAACAACAUAUAUACAUCUACAGUGAUAUGAUGAAAACGUAAAUCUAUCUAGCCAGAGUGCUACUACCAGGCGCUUUUCCAUGUAUUGGUUUGAAGAACCAUUACUCUUUAUUUUUUUCUGUGUUGGUGUUGUGUACUCAGGGGAAUAAUAUGAUGUUUGUGAUAGAUAUGUUUGGGCUAGUAUUCCAAAGGGCAAAGGUCGUAGGUUCGAUUCCCACCGUGGCCGCGGGCAUAUUUUUCAAGCUCGCCCGUUGUGGAUAUACACUCAGAGUAACAUCACAAACAUCACAUUACUCUUUAUUAUCAUAGAAACGUCGAAAGCCGUACAAACGAAAACCGAAAGAGAAAGCGAACUCCGUGGGCGAGGCUGUCGAAAAGAUGUUGAUUGAGAAAAAGAUUUCCCACAAAAUCAAUUAUGAUGUUUUGAGGAAUUUAAAUAAAGAAAACGAACUUGAAAAACCAUCGGAAUGCGAGCCAGAGACGCCAGUUAUUGAACCUGUUACGAAUUUGAUACAAGUGGUACAACCUUCCAUACCUGUCAGAUAUACCGGAAGAAAAAGGUAUCUUGUAGACAUACGACAUAUGCGACGCGAGUUGAAUUGACCAUUUGCGUAAUAGACUAAAUUUUUAUCUCAACAAAGCUUUCAUUACAGCUUGAAAGAGCAUCACAAAAUUAGUAAUAUUCCAAAGUUUCGUUGCGAAAUGUUGUAAAAUGCGGAAAAUAUAGCCUUGCAAAAUUUGCAAUUUUCAUUUUAGAUUACAAACCGGAAAUUGACAGCCUCGAAGGGUUUGGGGCUGUCAAUUUCCCGUUUGUAAUCUAAAAUGACUGAAAAUUGCAAAUUUCGCAAGGCUAUAUUUUCCGCAUUUUACAACAUUUUGCAACGAAACUUUGGAAUAUUACUAAUUUUGUGAUGCUCCUUCAAGCUGUGAUGAAAUUUUUGUCUAGACUUGUUUAGUUCAAAAUUUAGUCUAUUACGCAAAUGGUCAAUUGCUGAACGAUAAAGAUCCCGUUCACACGGGGCCGGAUAAAUGCGGAACGAUGCUCGAAUUCGUUCGUUUUCGCCUUCCGAGACGCACGAAACCGACCGAAAUGCAGCACUGCUGACCGUACGGAUUCGAAAUCAAAUAAAAUUAGGUCUAGAAAUAUGCCUUAAAAUAUCGGUCGGUCACGGACGAAGAGAGGAAACCACUGGACAUUCUGUCCGACCAAAGUGAAACUGAGGUUUAUUGUUUGUCCGUCCCCAGUGAAUUUGUGUCUGACCAACGUAAAUCAAAAUGUACCCUAGUCCACGACUAGAGCCUCGCAUGUUAAAUGGAGAAUCAGAGUAACGUAUUAGGAAAUUCAUUGCCAAGAUUCAAAGAACUAGACGAAUUUAGGUCGGUUCCGAAUUCAUCCAGCCCCAUGUGAACGCGUAGACUAAUUCUAACUUUGCUUCAUUUACAUAUGAGAGACUGCUUUCAGUUUUACUCCACAGAGGUUUUCUCCGCUCCAUUCUCCUCCUGUAGUAUUACACAGGUCUGUUAGGGUGCUUUUUUUCAGACGCGAAUUUUUGUCUCUGUAUCAAUGGAAAGAUCUGGUCUGUUUCUCAAAUAUCUAGCGAAAAUGAACCUCAUUCUAAUUUUAUCUAAAUUUUCCGGUCAGAUAGCCCAAACGUUUUGUGUUCCAUUCACUGAACAAUUUGACCGUUCUGGCCGAGUUAAUAGGGACCUUAAGCAUGUACGACGGCAACGCGACGACGACAGCCAAAACAAAUAAAUUAUUGCGAAGAAGAGUUGUUGUGUAUUAUCCACUGCAUGUAUAUAUGAAUUGAGUUCAGUUUGAAGAGAUUAUAACAAAGGCUUUAUGGUUAAAAACGCGUCUGCUGAGCAAAUUUGUAGUUUCACUUGUCGCGUCUUGACAUGUUUGCGUUGUACACAAGACGUGAAAAUCUCUGGUUUGCCGUUGUAAAAAGCCCUAACACCACGUCUCUAACUCCCGUGGGGCUUUUAAUUAUUCAUUUCUUUUGUACGAGAUCAGGAAUAUCAUUGUGUGAAUAGCCGUCGUCGUCGCGUUACCGUCCUGUCUGCUUAAGGUCCCUAAUGGAAAGCGCCCUUAGGUGUUUUCUGGUUAACCCAUUGAGCGGCGGCACUCUUACCCUUGACGAGUAAAAUUGUCUGGCAUUGGACAGAGUAAAAUAAAGUUUGGGCGCAUUGCAGCUUAAUGCGUUGAAUGUGACAAUAGAAUUGGAGAAAGUUAGGGGUCAGUUUUUUGUUUUAAUUCUAUUGCAGAGAUAAAAGUUUUGUUCCAAGGCUACCAACCAAGAGAGUAAAGGUAAUUUAUAGUAACUUAAUAUACAGUGUAAUAUGCUGUCUGGAGAUACUUGCGAACAAUCUCUACCGCAGCUUGGGAAGAUCAAAUGAUCUAUACCUUACAUGGUGAAACUCAUUAAUAAUUCUCGAAGAAAACACGAAAGAAAUCAUGACCGUGAAGAAGUUUGUAUAUCUGAUACAAAAUCAUGCUGAUUUACAUAAACUUUAAGUUUAUUUAUUUAUUUUGAAUUAAGAAUAGUUUUGUUUGUGGAAACACCACGUAAAUUUAUUGCUGCAAACAUUUCGAUCCGUAAGCCUGGAUCUUCAUCAGUGCUAAUAAUCAGGGCUUACGGAUCGAAAUCUUUGCAGUAAUAAAUUUACGUGGUGUUUCCACAAACAAAACUAUUAUAUUUUUCGCCAUGCAAACAUACAAAGAACUUAUUAUUUUAAGUUGUUGAACAAGAGUACAAGACGAAUGUUCUCAUAAAGACGUUUCACAAGCUAUUUAGUCAUCCUUCAGCUCGAGUUUGGUCAUCCUUCGGCUCGAGAAAAAAAUUUCGGUUUGUCGGAAAAGUACUGCCCUUGGCUCCCUCCAAAAACAUGGGUUUCACGGCACCACUGUAUUGGUCACAUAUGCGUGUUUCUUUAGUUUUCGGACAAUAUACCUGAGUCAAACCCGACAGACACAUCAAAUGCAGAGAGUAUGGUGGUAGAGAGUGGUCCAGUAGAAUAUGCAGAUCAGGAACAUGAUGUAGAUGAUGACGAUGAUGAAGAUGUUCAUUUGAGCGCUGCUCAGUUGAUGGGACAAGAAUAUGGAUCAGGCGAGUUUUGUGUGACAUUACGGAGCUUAAAGGCUCAGUUUCACCUGUUGAGCGAGUUUAUUUAAUUGCUAAAAUUCACUGAUUUUAUUUGAUUUUCUACAUUGCUUACUAAUAUCCAGUGGCAGAUACUUUGUGACAACACUCAAGAUUGAUGCAAAUUUUAUUCAAUCCUCAAAUAUUUUUAAUAAAUUUUAAUGAAUUAGAGUAAUUGCGGUUCCCAAACGAAGUAAGGCAUUGCUUUAUAUUCACUGCAUGAGUUUGUUAGUCUGUUAGUUUGUUUGAAUCAAAAUAAUAUUUGUGCUUGUGGUACACAUGUCUUGUGCAGUACUAUGUAUCUAUCUCAAACUCAUUAAUAAUUCAUGAGCAAAUUAGCCAACCAUAUUGCUUUAGUUUGCUCACAUGAUAAUACUGGAUACCUGAUGAAGUACAUUGAUCCUGUCCUAGGACUGGAUCAAAAUUAAUUCAAUCCUUGGACUGAGUAGUGAUUAAUUCGCAUGAGAUGUCAUUUCAAAUCCUCCAAUUCGGACUAGACUAGAUUUCAAGUCCUCGCAUUUUGAUCCAGUCUCGGCUUCGUCUCGGACUUGAUCAAAUUGCGCGGACUUCAAAUCUAGUCCAGUCCUCAUAGUCAGAUUUGAAAUAAUGUAAUAUGCAUUUUAUGCUAAUUUCAGGUGAUGUCAAUGAAUAUGAAGACUUUGACACUUAUUGAGGAUGAUGAGGGUAUAAAGCUACAGUUCUUAUAUUCAGAGAAUGUGGUAUGGUAUGACAAAAUUUAAAAUUUCACCAUUGAGGUAUGUUUUAUUUAAUAAUUUGUAUAGGGUGUGGUAAACCACUUUACUGUUUGACAGUGAGAAUAAAACAACACAUUUCUUGUGCAAUGUGAAUGAAUGCAAAUACUAAAGUAUACAAAGAUUUUAGAAUAUAUUUCACUGGCCUGUACUAUAUAUUUAAUUAAUUAUAAUAUAUAUUUAUUAAUAAUAUUUCUUGUGUAAUAAAUAAAGAUCAGCUAAUUAUAAUGCGGUCAUGUUUUAUUCAUAUAUUAUGUGGAGGGAAUGUAAUAAUUUUACUAUUGAAAUACUUGAAAAAACAAUGCCAAAAAUAAAAUACAAUUUAUUAGUCAUUUAACUAAGUGAAACAAUGCAUGAAUAAUUUCAUUUCAGGAAUUUCUAAAUUUUUAUCUAUACUUAACAAUUUGCAAGUGUACUUCUAACUUCCCACCGCAGUGCUUGUCUUUUUUUCUGUGUUGGUGCAACAUAAUUGUUUGGGACAUACGUAUGUCGAGGUUUCUGCAAAGUGACAGAUAGAAAUAUAUAACUAUACACUACACAUUUAUACUCAAGAGCAAUGAGCUGUCGACAAAUUUGAGCAAAGAAAGGCAGUUCUUUUGUUAAUUUGUCUACAUAACAUAAGUGGGACAUUAAAAUAUACACCGUGCUGUUAUUAAUUAUUACUGUACCUCAAAUGAUUCAUAUUGCAACAUUUGUUCCUGGAAAAAUAAGUUGAAAAUAAAGGUAAUCAUGGUUUCAUUCAAAGUACAUUAGGAUUUCAAAUUCACAAGUUUCUUACCCUAGUGGACCAUCUCAGGCUUUUGUGCAUUUUUUCACCAGGCACUUUAUUUGAUGACCAUUCUUGUUUGAAUUGAUGAUAUCUGAAAACAUAGCAUAAUCUCAUUUAUUCACUC